GUCAAUUUCAUAUUAAGUUCAAGAGGGAGGCUGCAAGCGAGUAAAGCACGAUUUUUUGUUUCAUUUCAAAACGUUAAAUUUCAUCAUCUUGAGUCAAUCACAUAGCACGCAUGAAUCAAACGUAGUGAUCCUGGAGUCAGUCAGUAAAUACUUGUGGCCAGUUAAGAAUAGACAAAUUAAAGUGCGAAGGUAGUGCAAAAUGUCCCACCGAACGUUAAUCGACUUCAUAGUAAAAUACCAUACACCACGGUUAUUGAAUAACUUGGUGUUCUUUCCAAGCAAUGGAAAUUCAUACUUCGGGAGGAGACUAGGAUUCCCUAUAAUUCCAUAUGCCACUUCUACUCCAAAAGUACAAUCUCCGAGGAAUUUCAGUACAUCAAUGUCUACUCAUAAUGGUGUACCAUUAACACCGCCACCAAAGCAGCAUGAAGGAAAAUUUCAGCUAAUGUUCACCUGCAAAAAAUGUAAUACAAGAAAUACAAAGUUUAUUACAAAACUAGCAUAUUACAAGGGGGUAGUGAUUGUUAUUUGUGAUGGUUGUGAAAAUAAGCACUUAAUAGCGGACAAUCUCAAUUGGUUCUCCGACAUGAAUGGGAAGAAAAAUAUAGAAGACAUAGCUGCAGAAAAAGGGGAAACUGUGCAAAAAAUUAUGUCCCAAGACCUGGAAUACAUAGCUACAGAGAUGCUAAAGAAUUUAGAUAAAGGUGAAACAAAAGCUGAGGUUCCAUUGUUGGACAAGUAAAAUUUAACUAUUAUGCUCCUAUUUGUUAUGAAGUUUUAAUUUAAUCUGCAUUUCACAAACGGGAAAAGAUAUUUAGCAGUGUUAACAAUAAAAUAUAUAAUAGGAAAUUUAUUGGAAAGUGUAUGGACUUAUUGGACCCUCAUAUGCAGGAAUAACAGACAUCAAUAGUUAAACAAUACAUUCAAUACAUUCAUGCAGAUCUGCACAGCCACAUGUGGACAAGUUUAAUAAAUAUUUAUUUAUUAUCUCAAAAAAAAUUGAUUUCAUUUUUGAAAUGUCAAUUUUAACUCACAUGUAAAUAAUUUAUUGUAGUUAUUAUAUAGUUUUAUGUAGACCAUAAUUAGCCAUUAAAAAAAGAAUUCUAUGAUUAAAUGAUUUUAUUCAUAAAA